AUGGGUGUUGACACCCGCAAACCGAUUCUCCCAGCACCCACAGAUUCUACUUUCCUCGACACAACCGGUGGCAGCGGCACAGGCACCGGCACCGGCACCGACAUCGCCACUGAUAUAUCCCGCCGCACUGACAAAACAUCCUACUCCCUCCCCGACGACGGAAGCCCAAUCACCAUUUCCACUCGCCGCAAGUCCCAGCCUCGCGAGCGAGAGGAAAGCAAGGUGUCGCCCUCUGGACACAACUCCCACACCUCCCUUCUGAUAGAGUACUUCGAAGGCGGGAAGAGAUCCAGCGGCGUCAACUCCCGACCCAGCGUGCGUGUCAGGGUGACUCCGUCCUCGUCACGCAAGAAUAAAGAUCGAGACGACCACGUUCACAUCACCGAGACUUCCUCCGGGCGCAAGCCGUCCUACACCAGGCGCAUCUCCCUCGGGACGCCUAAUCGCACAAAGGAGUCGACAGAGGGAGCCGCUGACGAUAGCUCGGCCACGUCUGGAGCGGAUGAGACCCCGACUGCGCGCCAACCACCGGUAGAGAUCGAAUUUGUGGACCGGAAUAGCGGUGUCUCCUCGCGAUACGUACAACCUACGUCUGAAAUUUCUUCCAUGCCCCCCGAGAGCCUGUUUGGGAGCACGAUGGGUGGUGCUUCCGAGACCCAACGUCGCAGACGCCAUAGUUUCAGUGACGAAGAAGAAUUUGAGCAAAACGAUAAUCUGCUGAAGACACCCUCACGUAGAAGGAGCCGCAGCCUGAGUCGUGAGAGGAUCGCGCAAAAGGCCGCGGAGAAACUGAGCAGUGCGCCGAGAGACCACGUCUCGCAACCAAAACAGAGACCGAACGAGAGAACCCAGAACAGCAGGGAUAUGGGACGGGAUAUAUUUGAGUCCGAUCUAAAGUCUCCGAGAAAGCGAUCCGGAAAGCAUCGAGAGAAAGAUCUGAUCAGUCCAGAGUCCAGCCUGCUGAGUAACUCUGCACUUUCACACAACAAAGUCGGCGGUGACCAAUGUUCUUUCCGAUCGGGCACUUCACGUUCAUCUCUCAAUAAUCCUAAGCUCCUAGAGACCGUGGAAGACGCGAUUCGACGACUCAUUCUCCCCGAGCUAAAGGAGCUAAAGAAAGAUCAGAAGGUGCAAUCCAACCGUGCGAAGUUUGAACACGACACAAGUGCCUCCCGCGCCUCGGGAAGCGUUGGCUCGAAAGACGAAUUAACCAGACGCUUGUCGAAGCAUGCCAGCGCUCCCGAUGUGAGUAAGCCACGGCUGGUCGUUGGCAAUGAAGAUCCCCAGAGUCCGCGGAGCCCGUCAAACGAAUAUAGCAGCAGAAGAGAGCGAAGGCGGAAAAAGCAGCAUUCACCGCCACGAGAACGGAGGGGUUCGAAAUUCGCCGAAUUCCUCGCCCCAGAAGAGCCAGGAAUCUACCGGAAGAAGAGUAAAGGUCUUCGCGACGCCGAAGCGGCAAAGAUCGUUGGAACAGCCCUUACUGCGGCUGCGUUGAAGCACCAUGAUUCGACGUCGAGCUUUGGUAGCAAGCGGGAACGCGGCUCGCGACGUAGCGGCAGUGGAGGUAUCAACGAGACUGAACUUAUCUUUGAGAAGCACGAUGUGGCGCCUAUGCCUCACCUGCGGAGCGAAUUGGAAUCACAAGUCACCAGACAGUCUAUUCAAUCACAGAUGUCCGAUAACAGCGCCGGCCCUCUCCGCGGAGAGGUCGUCCGCGGCUCACCCCGGGAAGUUACCUCACCCACCACUAGAACUCUCGAUAUUACUCCACGAGCUUCGCAAAACAGCCUUAAAUCGCCCCGAAGUAAUCUGUCAAACCCUCCGCUCAAUAUCGACGAGAUCGAGCAGGAACCAGCUCACGAACGAGACGCCUCUCCAAGCCCGGACAUCCCAGGCAUCGACAUUGAUUAUCCCUACGGUAAGGAGGGCGGCAACCUAUUUUUACAGCGUGGUGCGCUCAGCCCGAUACAGAGCGUUGCAAGUUGCCAGGAGGAGCAAGAGGAGAAUGAGGAAGAGCAAGAAGGUAUUCAACAUGCCCCCUUAGCCCACGGCGACCACCGACUAUCGAUUGAUUCUCUUUCUUCAGCACCAAGCACAGACCUAGCGAGGUCGACGCGAAACACAGACCAUAGCAGCGAGAGACGAAGAGCCCUGAGCGAUCAUCAGAAUGAAUCUGGUGUAGAGCUUGGAUACGGUGACUCCCCCAGACUUUCGCGGAGCGAUGAGCACUGGGAGGAGAGUCAGCACGAAGAAUACGAUGACGACCAUCGAAGCGUAGGAGAGGAAACCGAAGUAGGAAGCGUCGACGCGAAGCGAAUGACCAGGUACACUGAUGAGAACUUUGACGAUCCCUUUGAUCCAGGUCACGAAGUUGCAAGAGGUGCCGCUGCCAACGCGGAGUUUAUCCAUACGCCGAUCGGUGUGGAAUCCGCCGUGGCGUCUCUGCUUGAUCCGUCUGUCGUGGAUGCGGGGUCGACUCACUCGCCAGUCCUCGAGUCACCUAGCCGUCCCCGCAGCUGGGGUUCUUCGGGUUCCGUGAGAGAGUUGACUCGCGAUGUCACCAUAAACAGAAAAGGAAGCCCCCUGAAACAACAGUUAAACAUUCCCUCCGGACCCGCUGAGACAUCGUUCCAGAAACGGAUGGGAGUCAGUUCGCCGCCUCAAAGCGUCGCAAACUCCACGGAUGAAGAUGACAGACCAUAUAUGGGUGCCACCGGCCUUCCAAGCGCCGGAAGCCCGAUCCCCGAAAUUGGACAUAUUCCGGACUCAGAGGAAUCUGAGAUCAAUACGAAUCCGUCAAUCAUACAAGGUCCGAUCGGCGGCAUGCCGCAAGGCAGUCGUGAACAUUGGCCCUUUGAUUCCAGUCCCCCAGGCGUCGAGGGAGAUAUACUGACUAAUCCGAACCAAUACCAUGACCCUCUCGAACCAAGUCCCUUGCUCAUGGACAGAUCUGGACCUACGGGAUUGGGAGUGAUCGCCGAAGAGAGCGCUCCUCUCGAUCAGCCAUACUAUGACCAAUCAAACGCCUAUCACAACGACCGUGUCGAUGUGAUUUCUCCCGGAGGAGGGAAAGACGAGGGUUAUAUCUCUGGUGCGAAUCACCGAUCUGCCAGCUCCGCUACGCCAGAGCCAAAGGGGAAAGGUCUGGCGGCGCUGGAAGAUAUUCCGUUUAGUAGCCCGUUGGAAGAGGAUGACGAUCCAUAUACGCACAGACGACAGCUCAGUGGGUUUUCUCAUGGCAUUGCGUCUCCUCUGUACGAUAGUGCUACUGGACGUGGGAUUGAUAUGAUUCAGUCGAAGGAUAUUGUCGCGCUUAUGGAUCAUUUGACCGUUCGGGAUGCUCAGAGAAAUGCUCGUGAUACUGAGAUAUUGGUCACUCUCGUACGCAGCGCGGCAGAAAUGCGCAACUCUUUCGAAGAUAUGAAAAAAUUUAUUGCGACGCAGGACGAGAAAUUACUGGAUACUACCGAAAAACAUCAUGGACAGACUCGUCAAAUGCUCAAUGGACCUCGACCACAGCCAGCGAGCGCUUCACGGGCCCCGAGACGCAUGUCGGAAGACGAUGAUGAUACGCCGACGAAGAAGAAGAACGUGUUUAAACGCGCGCUGAAGGGUCUGAGCUUGAAGAGUUCCAAUGAUUUGACGCACAUCGAGGAUAUGCUUGUUCAUCUACUUGGGGAAGUGGAGGCUUUAAGGGCUACGCAGGAGAACCAGCUACGGGGGAAUACGCUGACGGAAACUCGUAACUCACUGGAUAACCCCCGCGGUUCUUUAGAUGGUUUCGGGUCUCAAGGACAGCCGGCAAACGGCUCGAAUCAGUCCGCGCGGUAUUCGAACUCUCCUCGUUCCACCGGCGAUGCCAAGCACUUGUCCCUGCAGCAUGAGACCGAACGCCGUAUUAGCCCGGUGAUGGAGGAUAACGAAGAGCCCCUGACGCCUCAGGAAGAAGUGCUUCUUGACCCUCAGAUGAACCCGGAUGCUCAUUUUCUCGGCCGCCAUAAGCGAGGAGGGUCGGUUCCGAUAACAACCCCUGAACGAGUUGCCGUCGCCAGUGGAGCCUUGAGCAACGAGACAACACCCAAGAUGUCCACGGACAAAUCUCGCAAGCACAAAUCGAGCAGCUCCUCUUUCUUCCCGAGAGUAUCACGCUGGUCGAAGACGACAGCGUCCUCUAUGGGCGAGAACAUCAAGAACAGCAUGCAGCUGGGCCGGAAGGAGCGUCCGUAUUCAGAAAUGUCGCGCUCCGGGUCCGAUCUGAAUCUGAGCGGAUAUGCUACGAACGAUUGCUACGACCACCGAGGUGACGAUCGACUCCGCUCAAACGGCAGUUUGGAUCGUGAAGACAGAUCCGAGAAUCGACCGCCCUCUCCCCUCGUCCCGUCGCAGGUAUCAGAGAUUCCGAAGUAUCGCGCUCACAGGGAUAGUUUGAACCUUCAACACCCGCAGCCGCGUCCUGGCGCACGGUACCAAACGCACCUUGAAACGCAGGCGCAUAACUACACGCAUAUGGAGUCACCGGCGACCGAAGCUUGGGCGUCGAACCAUAGCGUCGAAGGAGCUGGCUAUCAGCAUCAGCCUCAGUCUAACGCGGGUCGUCGGUCGCCACUUUCCGACGGAGGAUAUUCGGCUACUUCAUCCAUCACCAGUAGACACACUGGGCCACCCCGACCGCCCAAGAUCAGAGACGAGGGCCCCUUAGUUCCACACCGACCAGCGAGUAUUAAAGAUGGAGUUCAGCCAAGCUAUGCGGAGAGAGUCGCGCUGCGGAAAACUGGUAAUAUGAGCAAUCCAGAUGCGAAAAUUGGGUCACCUAAGGGAUCUCCCGGCCGCACUGGUCCUCAGCGGAGACCUACCGGUCCUCGACCAAACCCCAGUUCUGGGAAAUAUAGCAGUGGUCAAGGUGGUUUUUCCAAUGUGAAGAGACACACAAAGCAUCAGGGUAGUCCGCAUCAGAUCGAUGAUGAGGACGACGAGUAUUAAAUUUGCUAUUUUUCAGUUUUCUUUGUUUGUCUUUCCACUUUUCCGUUUCCAGGCCUGUGAACACAUUUUGUCUAUCAGUUUCGAUUUCUUCCGUGCUCCCAUGCACCGCUUUUGCUGUGUGGCACUUGCGACAAGUGGAAGACGAUCCAUUAUGCAAAAGGUUGAAAAAGGAGAGCGCUUUUGAUGGAUCCUCUCCUUUUUUUUUUUUUCUCUUUUUUUCCCCCCCUAGACAAAAAUAAUAUUGACUCCCCCUUGUGUUUAUGAUUUUUCUAUUCCCCCUUCCUAGCUUUCCUUCGCGUUGCUGUUUCUUUUCUUUUCUUUUUUUUUGAAGCCUCGUUGCGGAUUGGUAUGAUGACUUGAUGACAAUGGCCUCCCUUCUUUUUUUUUGCUUUCUCUUCUUCGAUUUAAUUUGCCUAUGCAGCUCAGCGCCGAUGAUGAAGCUUUUGACUGUUAAAUCCUGCGGGCGAUAAAUGUGGGCCUGGGUUUUGUCACCUUCGUUUCUGCGUCGUGUGCUUUUCGCUUUUACCCCCCUUCUUCUUUUUUGUGUUUCUGGUGUAUGAAUUAAACCCCCCUAUGAUCAAUGUG